AUGGCUGUCCUAAAAGUAAAAUUCACAAAAACUAAGAGAGACAAAUUGGCUCAGAUCCUGUGGAUCCUCAACUGGGUUUCUGUAGCAACUGGUGUCAUUCUCUUCAGCUUGGGUCUCUUUCUGAAAAUAGAGAUCAAGAAGCGCAGUGAGGUAAUGGCAAAAGGGGAGAUUAACUCUGUCCCCAACAUGCUCAUCUCAGUAGGGGUCAUAGCUUGCAUCAUCAACUUCCUUGGUGGCAAAAUCUGCUAUGACUGUUCGGACACCAACAAGUUCUCCCGAUGGAGGCUAGUCAUGCUCCCUUACAUUGUGUGCACCUUCUGCUUCACCUUCUGCAUCCUGGUGGGUGCUGUCAUGUGCUACACCAUGAGGAAUGAGUUGGAGGAGUCUCUUUAUCUGGGAUUGAGAGAUGCUAUUAAAUUCUACAAGGACACAGACAUCCCUGGACGGUGCUUCUUAAAGAAAACCAUAGACCUAUUACAAAUUGGCUUCCAGUGCUGUGGAAACAAUGGCUUCAGAGACUGGUUUGAAAUUCAGUGGAUAUCUGUUCGUUAUCUGAAUAUGGCCUCCAAAGAGGUUUUGAACCGUCUGAAAAGUAAUGUUGAUGGGAAGUUCUUGGUGGAUGGAGUGCCCUUCAGUUGCUGCAAUCCAAAUUCACCACGGCCUUGUAUCCAAUACCAGCUUACAAAUAACACCGCUCACUAUAAUUAUGAUUUUCUGAUGGAGGAGCUCAAUAUCUGGAUGAAGGGAUGCAGGCAGGCCCUGCUGGAUUACUACACUGGUAUCAUGAGGUCAAUUGGGCUUACUGUGCUCAUCGUCUGGUUGUUUGAGAUCUCUGUACUUAUUGGGGUCCGUUACCUGCAAACGGCAAUGAAGAAUGUUCUCCUAUUGGGUGAUCCAGAGUGUGAGUCAGAUGGCUGGUUACUGGAGAACAGCUUUGUAGAAACUGCCAAAUACAACUUCAGCAUCAUUAAGAACCUUGGCAAAGCCAAUCAGAUCUCUACUGUCUCAGAGACGAAUGAUCCCAAUAUGGAUGUUCAAACUGCAAACUAUGGUCCAGACAAUGUUCCAUCAAAAUCCAUCCCCAAAGCUAGCUAGACAUGACAGAUGCUUUACUGAAGACGUAAAUAUGGUUUGAUACCUUAACUGCAAUCCUGAAGUUACCAGAUUUUUCACUGGUGGGGACAAAAUGGGAACACUAACUGGGUAAUUGGACAAAUCACAGCGUGGUGGCGGCAAGUCCAAAAGCU